CUUCACGUGGGAUUCUCCCCGAGUGUCUGUGUCCAAAUGCCCCCUUUUUAUAAGGACACCGGACACAUUGGACUAGGCCCCCGCUAAUGAUCUCAUCUUAACUCGAUUGUGUCUCCAAAGACCCUGUUUCCAGAUAAGGUCACAUUCUGACAUGCUGGCAGCUUGGACUGUGAUAUAUGAUUUUUGGAGGGGGGACUCAAUGCACCCCAAUUCACAACCCUGGCUCUAAGGAUGCCAUCACACGCAGUCCAUGCCGGCGUGGGCUGCCGUGCUCCCAGACCCAGCCCAUGGCUCAAGGCCCCAUUUUCCCUGCAGUUCCACGCGUCUUCUCACUCACGGGACAUGGCGUCUCGCCUGCCAUCUCCAGCCGCUUGUCGGGUGCCCUGUGCGCUCCUCCUGCUGGCUGGACACGGGUGCCACGCGUCCAUCCUUGCCCCCGGGUCUGGGUGACUGGUCCACACCCUCCUCCCACCCCGGGGCUGCCCCAGGACCCUCCACUGUGGGCUCUGAGGGCGCCGUUAGGAGCCUGGCCUCCGGGUGCCCCGGACAGCAUUGUGCACACUCAGGAUCCACACCCCAGCCGGUGGGCCGCCCCUCAGACGUCUCCAGUUGCAGGGACCCCAUUUCCAGCCAGCAGCGAGGUGGGGGCAGCGGGAAAAGACACUAAAACGAUGCACAGGACAGGAGGGAGGGCGGCGCAGAGCCCAGCAUCCCGGUCACCCGCCAUGGGCCCAGCACUAGCGGCUUCCUCCUUUGAUGGCCGCUCGGCCCCUCUGCGGCACCUCCAGUCCCCUCCGGGCACAGACAGGUGUAGCUCUUCCAUAAGCAGAUUUUUCAGAGCCGGUGGGCUGCGUGGAUGCGGGCCUGGGAGUGGUUCCACCACCCCCUCUCGUCUCCCCACGGCCCAUCCUAUGGUGCCUGACACGGAGCAGGACCCUCCCCUCGGAGGCGCCCAGGCCUCUGCUUGGCCCCUGGCGGAGGCCCAGGGCUGGAGGGGCUCGCUGUGUUUGCCCCCCGUCCACACCAAAUGUUCCCCAGACCCUUCUGGCCACCCAGCUCAUAAAGACCUGUUCAUACCGUUUGUCUUGGGGCCACAGAGCUGGGUGCUGGGCGGGGCCAGACAGACAAAAGGUCUGCAUUUCGCUGAGUGGAUGUGUUAGGAUAUGGCCCCCAAAGACCACCCCGUCCUGGUCCCAGGCCCUGUGGCCGUGUCACCUCACGGGGCAGAGGGGACUCUGCAGACGGGUUAAGUCGAGGCCCCUGGGAUGGGGGUGACCCUGGAUCCCCGGGGCCCAGGCUCAUCCCAGGGUCCUGAGCAGAGGGAGGCGGGGGGGUCAGAGGCCGAGAUGGAGACGCUGCGCUGCUGGCCGUGCGGACGGAGGAAGGGGCCCCGAGCCCAGGACGCGGCGCCUCUGGAAGCUGGAGGAGGCGGGACACGCUCCUCCCCUGGGGCCUCCGGGAGGACCCGCCCUGCCCGCCCUGGACUUUGGGACUCCUGACCCCAGAGCCUGAGAUGAUCAAUGUGUGCGGUUUGAAGCCACUGAGUUAGGGGGUGACUCGUGUGGGAAACGGAUCCGGCAGCUCUGCCUGAGGAGAAGCCCAGAGAACAGCAGCCUGAGGAGCCCCCACGGAGCUCCCUCCCGGCCCGAGGACCCAGUGCGUCCAUGGCCGCCCGUCCCACACAACAGAGCAGAGCCUGCUCACGGGAAGGCCGUGUCUGUUUGUGCCUGCGCAGGGGACCAGGGCGACGCUGCAGAGGGGCCGAGAGUCGGGGGCCUGGGCUGGGGGGUCGAGACGGCGGGUGGUUCGCACGCCCUGUCCCGCGGCCGCACAGGGGCUGGGCUGGCGGCCUCCCUUCUCCCCUGCCUCUUUCUUGCGCUGACGUGAAACCCAUAAUGUUUAUCUGCCCAACGGUCUCCAAGUGGUUGUUUUUCUGGCCGUCCUCUCACGAGCUCACAGCGUCCUUGGAAACAGAUUGUGCACUAAACCCUGACCUCCGUCCCGGGCGCCGGGAGGCGGCUGCAGGGACACAGGGGGACAGCCGCUCGGCCUCGCUCCCCGCCUGGGAGACACGUUGGCGGGUGUGCUGGGAGAAGCUUCAUAACCCUCUUCCGGAGAACUCCAUCGGGUCUCCAGGAAAAGGGGGGCGCUCGGAAAGGUUACGGGAGGCCGCUAGGAGCAGAAUCCUAAAUGGCUGAUCUGCCAGCCAGCACGCUGACUCCCGCGGAGCCCCCACCGUGGUCCCCCCUCAUCCAACGAGGCUGUUCCCCACCACCCUCCAGCCCCCCGGCCCUCCCCGAGGAUUGAACGCUGGAGAAUGAGCCCAGCGCCUCCAGCCCCGCCCGCCCCUUCGGUGAGAAAGAGCACUUGAUUUGGAGUCCAUGUGCGAGACACACUCAUUCAGUCAUUCAACAAACAUUCAUUGAGGGCCAGCUGACUUUGGGCCGGACAGUGGGGCCCAGGAGGGAGGGGGGAUCAGACAGCCUUGCCCUUGUAGGGCCAACCACUCCAGUCACUGAGAACCCUCCAGGCUCUGAGCCCCCAUGGUGUGCCACUGUGGCGCCGUUUUCCAGAUGGAGAAUCUGGGGCUCUGGGAAUAGCGGGGACUCCUCAGUGGUGGGUGAUACAGACAGUGUGGGAACCCUGCAGCUGUGCCCUCGGCUAGCGGGGGCAACUGACCGCUCUGUGCCUCAGUUUCCCCUCCUGGCCACAGGGCAUCUAGAACCGCAGCCGGGCCCCGUGUGUGAUGGAUGAUGACAAUAACAGCCCCGGGUGUGCGGGCACUCUGGCGGCACGGCCCUCAUUAACGCUGGCCGGGAUAUUGCGAACAUAACUCUGGCGGGCCCGGCGGGUGGCGGCCAGGCGAGGGCGCCGAGGGGGCCUGAAGUGCCCCCCUCAAGGGUCAGCGGGUGUGCCGAGCGGUCCGAGGAGGGCGCUUUCAGGGGGACGCCCCCCCCCGUGGCGGGGUAAUAAGAGACCCUGAUUCUCGCGGCUUCAGGGUGACCCGGCCAGGCCAGCAACCCUCAGAGCCACCGCGGACCCUUGGCGCCCAGAAGACAUCCCCGGACGGGCCCGGUCGCCCCUCCUCUGUAAAGUGGGUCUCAGAGGGGUAAACUGAGGCCCAGAAAGGAAAACGCCCCCUGCCCUGAGUUGGUGCUGGAGUCUGAGCCUCUCACCCCGUCGCACAAUCGGGGAAACUGAGUCCCGGAGGGGCGUGCAGCUCAGCCAAAGGGCGGAAGGAGGAAACCAGGCCGACACCUCGGAGACCAGAGCUCACGCCCUCGCUUUGUAAAUGGGGAAACUGAGGCCCAGAGGGCGGGGCUGGGGCCUGAAGGGGGAGAGAAUGCUCCUUCAGUGUGGGGACCGGCCUGGAGCCGCCAAGGGAGGAGCCGGGGAGCGGGACGUGGUGUUGGGGUGCAGACUCCAGGUGCCCGUCUCAGGCUUGGGGCCUCCUCUGGUGCCCCCCCCCAAGCCCGGCUGUCCUUUCCCCACCUGCCCAGCCCGAGGGUCCCCGGGGCCGGACCCCCGCCUCCAGCCUCCCCUUCCUCCCCCAGGAUGCCCGUCGGGGCUGGGAGGACGCGCCAGACGCCUGCCUCAGUUUCCCUCUCCUCCGAUGGCAGGGUCCGUGAUGGAGGGGGGAAGCGUAGGGGGCUCACAGAGAGCCCGUCCAUGAGAAAGACCCCCUCGCCUCCCUCCGCCCUUUGCCCCUUGGGGGCUGGACCUCCGGGGGGCGGGGAUCCCCUGGAACGACUUUCAUAGGUCGUUUUCCAGAGCUUCUCCCACCCCCAGGAGCCGGUGCUGUGGCCCAGACCCAGGGAUGCAGAACCCACGGCCCGUGGUGGGGCGACCUGGACAUGGGCGCCCCCAACCCUGUGUGGCGGGGACAUCAGAGCCUGGGGAGAGGGCAGCCCUGGGGUCCCCCCAGCCUGGCGUGCGGCCGAUGUUUCCUGGAGGAGGGGGGUGGGGGCGGCCCCCUCCGCCCAGGACCCCGCUGCUUUGGGGGUCCCCAGUCUCAUCCACCGGCUGCCCCACACCCAGCUCCUGAUCCCGGAGGCCUGGGUCUCCCUCUGGGUUCACCCCAGGACCUGUGGGGCCUCGGUUUCCCCAUCUGCACAGGAGAGAGGGGGUCUCCUGCCCGGCUCCAGGACCCCCGACCCCACAGGCUGCAUCGUCCAUUAGGUCCCAUCCACGGCCUCCGGGCCUCCGUCUCUGGGUCGACGGGGCGGGUCAGGGGCUGUGGGGUGGGUGGCCCCCGGGGGGGUCUCUCUCUCUGGUCCCGGCCGCCCCUGCCCCGCGGCUCCCGGUCCCCGUAAGUGAGCAGAGCAUCAGGCGACAGUGUGGACAGAAGAGGCACAGAAGGGUCCAGCAGCCUCUGGACGCCUCCCGGGGCGGCCCAGGUCCUGGGCGAGUCCGCUCCCCAUCCCCCGCCCCCAGUCCUGCCCACAGCCCCCCGGGGCUCCCCCUGCCCGCCUCCUUCGCUCGGCCUUCGGGGCCACCCCCCUCGGCCCCCUCCCUCCCUCCCUCCAGGCUCCAUGGAGCAGCACUUGGUCUGGUCCUGCCACGGGGCCUGUGCUCGGCAUUCGAGGCCCCUGCUUCUCCCAGGUCCACACCCAUCCGUGGCGCUAACGAUACCAUCAUGACAAUGACCAGAGCAGCCCAGCAGCUCCGCGGGGAAACUGAGGGAGGGAGGCGCUCCGGGACCCCCUCACCCACAACCCCGGCGGUCUCCUCCGCGCCGGCCACACCAGCCGCGCUGCGGCCACUUCAUUUGCGGCUCGUGUGUCGUCUUGCGGUGAUUUAUGGCUCCUCGGGGGCCCCGGGCUGUGAACUCGCUUUUUAUUCAUCCAUCAGGGGCCGCCCGGCCUCCUGCCACCUGGACCAGGUUCCCACUGCAGUGGCCUCCUCCGCGUCCCUUAAGUCCCCCAGAUCGGGCCCAGGAGCCCUGAGGGCACAGACCGAGGGAGGGCCCAGCACGGGCUGCACACAGUAGGCGCUCACUAAAUGCACGCUGGGGGCGCUGAUGUGGACUCAGGAAACGCGACCUGUGGUGGACACAGGUGGUUCCCGAGAGACCCGGGCCCCAGAUGCCAGAGUCUGGGGGGACAGGGGCGCAUGGCGCCUGCGGGGUCUCGGUCCCUCUGCACACGGGUGCACGUGUGUCUGUGCAUGUGGCAAAGGACAAGUCUGAGGGGAGACUCUCUGCCGUGGACCAGGCACUGAGUCCCAGUGAUGACCAGACAGACCCGCCCCUGCCUACUGGGGACUCGGAGCCCGUGUGGGAGACGGAUGGGUUCAGAAUCAGAGAUUUGACAGCGAGGAGCGUGGGGUGAGCCGUCCCCGGGCCAGGGAGGGUGAGAGGGGACGAGUGACCUAACCUGCAGGAGCUGAGGGAGAAAGCUGAGCAGUGGUCUGCAGGAAGGGUGUGUGUGUGGAGGGCAGGCAGCACGUGCAAAGGCCCUGAGGUGAAGACUAGGCUGUUUUUGCACUUGCCUAUCCAUCCAGGCCACCUGUGUGUUAAAACUUGUUUCGAAAAGUAUGAAAUAGUCAAAAUAUAGCUAGGUGGAAACAACUGAAGCGUCCAUCAACAGAUAAACGCAUAAACACGAUGUGUCUACCCACACGCUGGACUAUUACGCAGCCGUGAAGAGGAGCGAGGCCCUGACACGGCUGCACGUGGACGGACCUGCACACACGACGCUCAGGGAGAGACGCAGACACAGACACAUGGCGUGUGACCCCAUUGACGUGAAACGUCCAGAACAGGCAGAUCCACAGACAGAGAGCGGGCUCGUGGGGGCCAGGGGCUGGGGAGGGGGUGGUGGUCAUGCUGAUGGGGACGGGGUUGCUUUUGGGGUGAUGGAAUGUUCUGGAAUUAGAUCCAGGUGGUGGUCGCACAGCUCUGUGAAUAUACGAAAAAUCGUGGAAUUGUGUUUAAAUGGAGGCACCGCGCAGGGUGUGAAUAUAUCUCAAUAAAAGAUUCUUUUCAUAACAGAAUACAAGUCAGCGGCUCAGAUGCCGCCCGUGACCCCUGCACCCCAGCCUCUCCCUCCAGGGCCCCCGUCCCCGGGGCUGGGUUGGAGAGUCUGGGUGAGGGGUCUCGGGGCGGUCUCCUCAUCUCCGAGCCUCGGGGUCCCGCCGCGCACAGGGAUCCCGGGGUGUCCCCGCGGUGCUGGCCGGCUCCGGCGUCCCCGCUGCUGGCGGGCGGGGCGCACACAGGGGGCUUUGUGCCUCGCGGCCUCAUUAGGAAGCAGCCCCGGUCCCCGGGCGGCGCGGCCGAAUUAAUGAGCGGAGGGCGUUCCCUCCGAGGACCGUGCCCGAGACGCUGUGGCCCCGGCGGUGGGUGGCACCGGGACGGCGGGCCGCGGGGACCCCGGCCCCUGGGCCGUGCCCGGCAGUCCGCGGCUGCGCUGCGGGGGAGGCCCCGGGUCCACCGACACACACCCGCCUUCUGCAAAGGCGGAAGGGGAUGACGAGGCGACAGACAGGCCCCCAGGCGGCCUGGGGCAAUGAGGGAAACCGAGUCACACAGCAGUGGAGCUUGGUGACAGAGAUGUCAGCGAAUUUGGUCACUGAAACUGCGGACGCCCCCACCCCAAGCAUGGACGAGGGGCCGGGGGGCCCUGCCCGGCCCUGGGGUCAGGGUCUCCGACGUGCCCAGGAGCCCCCGCUGUCCACUCACAGUCACAUCCUCCCAGCUGCCCCCGGGGCGGGCGCUGGUUCCCAUCUCCAGAGGGGGAACCGAGGCUCAGGGGCGGCGAUGAAGGGUCCAGCGCCACCUGAGAUGCUCAUUCCCGGGCCCGGCCCCCAAACCACGUGCAGAACCCAAGCAUUGACCGUGGCGGCACCCCGACAGCCUGCACCCUGCCCCCUGCAGGUCCCGGACCCGCCUCCCGGGAUCCCCUCCAGCCGGGGUGGCCCAGGCCCCACAGAGACGCGCAUUCUGAGGUUCACACUCAUUUUAUUAUAAAAAAAUACAGAAUCCAAAGUUGAUUGUGACGGGAGUGGGGAGGCCCCGCGGCCAGCCCUACAAAAGCCCCCGGGCCGGCCGUCUCCGGGCGGCCGCACCCCAUAUAUAUUUAUAUAUAAUAUAUAUAAAACACAGAUCAGGAAAGGCGGGUAGAAAUAUGAAAUUUGUACAAAUGCACCAUUUGCGUCAUUAAAGUGUCUUGGGGGGGGGUGUGUUUGGGUGGUGGUCCCACCCCCCCCAUCCUGUUUUGUCCCGUUUUCUUUUUUCUUAUAAACAUUAUCAGGUCACAGCAUAGAGGGAGGGGCUCCGACAGACAAACGAGCUUAUUGCGAAGUGCGGCUUCUAUUCUAAAAAGUCCACCCCACCCCCCCGCCAAAAUAAAAGCCCCUCUGAAGGGGUGAGGGGAAAAAAAAAAAAAAGAAAUUUUCCAGUCCGUCCUCAGGAA